AUGGGUUGGGAUCAGCACUUCACAUUGCCGAAGCAAUUGCCUGGUCAGUGCCGCGAUACCGACCAGCCGACCAAGGCGUUGGUGAACGACUUGAAGCAGCGAGGCAUGCUGGAAGAUACGCUGGUCGUCUGGGGUGGCGAGUUCGGCCGGACUUCGUACUGCCAAGGAACGCUCAACGCACAGACAUACGGCCGAGAUCAUCAUCCACGUUGUUUCUCACUUUGGAUGACAGGGGCCGGGAUCAAACGUGGUUUCACGUACGGCAAGACCGACGACGUUUGCUACAACGUGGUCGAAAACCCGAUGCACGUCCAUGACUUGCACGCGACGAUGCUCCACCUGCUGGGAAUCGACCACGAGAAAUUGACGUACCGCUUUCAGGGACGGUACUUCCGACUGACCGACGUGCAUGGCCAUGAAUUUGUUGUGGCAUCGAAGUCGGUCAAAACCGCGGAAUCGUCGAAUAUUUCUGGCGAGCAGGCGUUCGUGGGCGUGUUCGAUUUGUUCAAAAUCGGCAUCGGGCCUUCCAGUUCGCACAGCGUCGGACCGAUGCGCGCGGCCGAGAUGUUCCUGCAAUCGCUGGCCGAUUCAGACCAGAUCCGUGAUGUUCAGCGUGUGCAAGUCGACUUGUACGGUUCAUUAGCACUGACCGGUAUUGGGCACGCCACCGAUAUCGCCGUUCUGAUGGGGCUUCAAGGAGAAGUGCCGGAUCAGAUUGAACCGGAAACGGUCGCGGAAAAGCUGAAAGUCAUUCGCGAGCAGCAUCAACUUCUCUUCGCAGGCCAGCGGAAUAUUCCGUUUACCGAGAAAGAAGAUCUACUCUUUCAUCGCAAGACCUUCCAGGCAGGGCACCCCAACACGCUGAAGUUUUCGGCGUUUGCUUCGCCGGACGAUUCGCA